GUUGGGUCUUACCACUUCGCUCACUCGUUUGUUCGAGGAAACUGGAGGAACGAAGCAGAGAGCUCUUUUGCUCUUUUGGCCAAAUCGUGCCAUGACAUUGACCUAAUACAUCACUGGGCCGGAGCACGCAGGUGUGUGAAAGUGUCAUCGUUUGGAUCAGUCAGCCAUUUCCAAAAAAAACACAAGCCAACAGGUGCUGCAGAUCGCUGCCUCGACUGUCCAAUAGAAAAAGAAUGUCCGUACUCAGCAUGCAAAAUCUACCUGGACAAAGUGAAACGGGGUCACACCGGCUGGCCAGUAAAUGUCAUCUGCCCGAGCUCACUCCCAGACAUCGAGUCAGUAACUGAGGCACUGAGGACUGGACCAUAUGGCCGCUGUGUCUACGAGUGUGACAACGAUGUCUGCAGUAAUCAGGUGGUUAACAUGGAGUUUGAAGGUGGUCUGACAGCAGCUUUUUCCAUGGUGGCGUUCACUGAGGAGACUUGCAUGCGAAAAACAACCAUCUACGGCAGCAAGGGAGAGCUGUCAUACGAUGGCCAUGAGAUUCGUGUGUUCGACUUUCUGACCCAGAGAUCCACAAAGCACACAGCAGACAGUAAAGCUCACCAGACGUUCGGCAUGAGUGGACACGGUGGAGCCGACUACCACCUUAUAAAAGCCUUUAUUUCUGCUGUGGCGAAAAACGAUCCGUCCCUGAUUCGAUCGGGUCCUGAGGAUACGUUGCUGAGCCAUUUGCUGGUGUUUGAAGCAGAGCGCUCGCGACUGGAGGGCAGGGUGGUGUACUGUGAGGACAGUAACCAGAGCUAGAAGACUGCCAAACACUGUGAGCAUGUUAGCUCCCCUUAUAACCAAAACUUUAAUGCCAUCCAAGUGAUUGAAGAUGCUUUUAAACUGAUAGAUGAAGGAACAAAUCUGGAGGGCAGGGUGGUGUACUGUGAGGACAGUAACCAGAGCUAGAGGACUGCCAAACAUUCUGAGCAUGUUAGCUCACCUUAAAACAAACACUAUGAUGAUAUCCAAAUGAUUGAAGAUGCUUUUAAACUGAUAGAUGAAGGAACAAAUCUUGUGUAGUCAUGUAAUCAUUUCAGUGCUGUCAGUGUACUGUCAAUAACUUCAUGAUCAGUUGAUUAGUCAUGUUGUUAUCACUGCUUGAGAAACUUUCUGUAAAUAUUCAUGCCAGUUGAUCUUUCACUCCAAACAGAUUCUUGAAAUGCUCAGGGCUUAAACAACUCCUGUUUAACUACUGUAUGAAUAAAUUGCUUAUUUUCCACUA